CUCACGGCGACAAACAAAACAAGAGUCUCCCUUUUCUUCUUCUUCUUCUUACCUCUCCUCUUUCUCUCUGCUUCUCUCUUCAGUCUUCCUCUUCUUUGUGUAAUAAGAGUUUCCUAAUUCCAAUCUUAUGUUUUUGACACAAAGGCUGAAACGGCAGAGGCCUUCUUUUUCUUCUUUCUCAUAUUUAGAACCCCACAAUUACUAUUUGCACCACAAGAGAGAAAAAGAGGAAGAAUCAAGAGGCUUCCUUUUUUCGUUAUUUGGGUUUGCCCAAUUCAGAGCAGGCCUUUUUCAGCUCCUUUUUCACUCAAAUAUUGUGAUUCCUUUGUUGGGUUUUUGUUUUUUGUUUUUUUUUUGGUCUGAUAAUAUAAUAUUGUUGGAGAGUUUUGGGAAUCAAUAAUGUCGGGUUUGUACACUCAGAAUUUCUCAUCAGCGACGGCAACAGCAACAGCGAGAGCUCUUUCUCCUCAUAUAAGAACCCCACCUGAUGUCGAAAGUCAGUACUUGACAGAGCUGUUAACAGAGCGCCAGAAGCUUGGUCCCUUUGUACAAGUUCUCCCCAUAUGUAACCGACUACUUAAUCAAGAGAUAUUUAGGGUUUCUGGAAUGAUCUCCAAUCAAGGGCUUAAUGACUAUGACAGACUACAACGUGGAAGUCCUAGUCCAGUUUCUUCCGACAUAAUGCCAAAUUAUAGAGGAACAGGCCUUGGUAGCUGGCAUGGGCUACCUCACGAUGUAAGUAUCAGGAACUUUGUUACUUCUGGCAUCGCUAUUUUGUUUCUCAAAGUGUUCCAGUUCUUACGUCCUCUCACUUACCUGACAAUUGUACAGGAGCUUAUUUUCAUAUCAUUUCUACCAAAUUCAUGA